GCCCCGCCGGUAGCGCGCCCCCUCCUGCCCCGCCGCGCUGAACGCCCCCCAGCGCCGAGCCUCGAACCCCAGCCCUGAGGCCAUGCCGGUCAUGAAGGGGUUGCUGGCCCCGCAAAACACCUUUCUGGACACCAUCGCCACCCGCUUCGACGGCACGCACAGCAACUUCCUGCUGGCCAAUGCACAGGGCCCACGGGGCUUUCCCAUUGUCUACUGCUCUGACGGAUUCUGCGAGCUCACGGGCUACGGCCGCACAGAGGUCAUGCAGAAGACCUGCAGCUGCCGUUUCCUCUACGGUCCAGAGACCAGUGAGCCAGCCCUGCAGAGGCUGCACAAGGCCCUGGAAGGCCAUCAGGAGCACCGGGCUGAAAUCUGCUUCUACCGAAAGGAUGGCUCGGCCUUUUGGUGCCUCUUGGACAUGAUGCCCAUCAAGAAUGAGAUGGGAGAAGUCGUGCUUUUCCUCUUUUCCUUCAAGGACAUCACUCAGAGUGGAGGCCCAGGACUUGGGUCCCCAGGAGGCCAUGGGGACAGUAAUCAUGAAAACUCCCUUGGUAGGAGGGGAGCCAGCUCGAGACUUCGAUCUGCCCGGAGGCAGAGCCGUACUGUCUUACACCGGCUGACUGGCCACUUUGGCCGCCGGCGCCAGGGAGGCAUGAAAACCAAUAAUAACGUGUUUGAGCCAAAGCCAUCAGUGCCCGAGUACAAGGUGGCCUCCGUGGGGGGGUCCCGCUGCCUCCUCCUCCACUACAGCGUCCCCAAGGCCGUGUGGGACGGCCUCAUCCUCCUUGCCACCUUCUACGUUGCGGUCACCGUCCCCUACAAUGUCUGCUUCUUGGGCGAUGAUGAUACCCCCAUCACUUCGCGACACACCCUUGUCAGCGACAUCGCCGUGGAGAUGCUCUUCAUCCUGGAUAUCAUCCUGAACUUCCGCACCACCUAUGUGUCCCAGUCCGGCCAGGUGGUCUCUGCUCCUCGUUCCAUUGGCCUUCACUACCUGGCCACCUGGUUCUUUGUUGACCUUAUUGCUGCUCUACCUUUUGACCUGCUUUAUGUCUUCAACAUCACCGUGACUUCACUGGUGCACCUGCUGAAGACGGUGCGGCUGCUGCGGCUGCUGCGGCUGCUGCAGAAGCUGGAGCGGUACUCCCAGUGCAGCGCUGUGGUGCUCACGCUGCUUAUGUCCGUCUUUGCACUCCUCGCCCACUGGAUGGCCUGCAUCUGGUACGUCAUCGGGCGCCGGGAGAUGGAGGCCAAUGACCCGCUGCUUUGGGACAUCGGCUGGUUGCACGAACUGGGCAAGCGGCUGGAGGAGCCCUACGUCAAUGGCUCGGCGGGCGGCCCGUCGCGGCGCAGCGCCUACAUCGCUGCCCUCUACUUCACGCUGAGCAGCCUCACCAGCGUGGGCUUCGGCAACGUGUGCGCCAACACCGACGCGGAGAAGAUCUUCUCCAUCUGCACCAUGCUCAUAGGCGCGCUCAUGCACGCCGUGGUGUUCGGGAACGUGACGGCCAUCAUCCAGCGCAUGUACUCGCGCCGCUCGCUCUACCACAGCCGCAUGAAGGACCUCAAGGACUUCAUCCGGGUGCACCGCCUGCCGCGGCCGCUCAAGCAGCGCAUGCUCGAGUCCUUCCAGACCACGUGGGCCGUCAACAGCGGCAUCGACGCCAACGAGUUACUGCGUGACUUCCCAGACGAGCUGAGAGCUGACAUCGCUAUGCACCUGAACCGGGAGAUCCUGCAGCUGCCGCUGUUCGGAGCGGCGAGCAGGGGCUGCCUGCGGGCCCUCUCCCUGCACAUCAAGACCUCGUUCUGCGCUCCAGGCGAGUACCUGUUGCGCCGUGGGGACGCACUGCAGGCACAUUACUACGUCUGCUCCGGCUCGCUUGAAGUGCUUCGAGACAACAUGGUGCUGGCCAUCCUGGGGAAGGGGGACCUGAUUGGGGCAGAUAUCCCUGAGCCGGGGCAGGAGCCUGGGUCAGGGGCAGGCCCAAGCUGCGUGCUGAAGACCAGCGCUGACGUGAAGGCACUGACCUACUGUGGCCUGCAGCAGCUGAGCAGCCGAGGGCUGGCUGAGGUCCUGAGGCUCUAUCCUGAGUACGGGGCUGCCUUCCGGGCUGGCCUGCCCCGGGACCUCACCUUCAACCUGCGCCAGGGCUCUGACACCAAUGGCCUCGGCCGCUUUUCCCGGUCUCCUCGCCUCUCCCAGCCCCGCUCGGAAAGCCUUGGCUCCUCCUCAGACAAGACCCUGCCAUCCAUCACGGAGGCUGAGACUGGGGUGGAGUCUGGGGGUGGUUCUAGGCCCCGCCGGCCCCUCCUGCUGCCCAACCUCAGCCCAGCACGACCCCGGGGCUCCCUGGUCAGCCUCUUGGGCGAGGAGCUGCCCCCAUUCUCAGUCCUUGUCUCAUCCCCUUCCCUGUCCCCAUCCCCUUCCCCUGCCUUGGCUGGCCGGGGCCACAGCCCCUCGCCUCAUGGCCCCCCCAGGGGCUCUGCUGCCUGGAAGCUCCCCCAGCUUCUCAUUCCCCCACUGGGAACCUUUGGACCUCCGGACCUCAGUCCCCGGAUAGUGGAUGGCAUUGAGGACUCGGGCAACACAGCAGAGGCCCCUACAUUCCGGUUCAGCAGGAGGCCUGAGCACCCUAGGCCCUGCUCACAGGCCCCUCCUUCAGGGACCAGGUCCAGCCAGGAACUGGCCACUGAGGCUGAGGAGAUGAAGGAGAAGGUCUGCAGGCUGAACCAGGAGAUCUCCCGUCUCAACCAGGAAGUGUCUCAACUGAGCCGGGAGCUUCGACAUAUCAUGGGCCUGCUACAGGCCAGGCUGGGUCCCCCAGGCCACCCAGGAGCCUCGGCUCGGCCCCCAGACCCUCCUGGUCCCCAGCCAAGGGCUCCGUGCAUCUCUCCCUGUCUAUCUGGACCACUGCCUAGCCUCCAGGAUACUACUCUCGCUGAGGUCCACUGCCCGGCCAGUGUGGGGACAGCAGAGAUGGGGGCCACCCCCUCCAACCUGAGACCCUCCAUGCUGUCCCCCUACCCCUCAGAGCCUGAGUCUCUGGGACCCUCCCCAGUGCCAGAGGCCUCACCUCCGACCCCACGCCUCAUGCGGCAGAGCUUUCGGUCCAGGCCAGACACGUUCCACUGACCCUGGCCCUGGGCCCAGGCCUGUCUGGGGUGGGCACUGCUGUCUGCCCUCCAGGAAGGGGCUGGGCCCCUUGGCCUCCUGCCUUGGGUCAGCGGCCACCAGCUGGUCUGGUUGGCUCGGCAUUCUCUGGACUUUUUUUUACAAAGCCUGGUCACUUCUGACCCUGUUCCCUUCUCUAAACCCUCCCCUGUCCUUCCCCUCUGUGAGGGGAGCCACCUGAGGCUGUGGAACCCAACAGGCAUAAGACGGAAUGCAGUGCGGAUUAGGCCCGGCAGAUGACAUGUCCUGCUUUCUCCCCAGGACCUGGAGGCAGGCUGUCAUUGAAGAUGGUCUCUUCUGCGGCCAGCAACAUGAAACAGUCCCCACAGCACUCUCUAUCCCUCCCCCCUGCACCAGACCUCAGCCAAGCCUGUUCUUCCCACAUCCAACAUGGUCUCACUCAGGGCCCUGACUUCUCAUAAACCCACCCUGGUCUCCAACUCUCCUUUACUACCCAACACCCAGGGCUCACUUUUGGAUAGGAAAUAAACGCUUUAUUUUUGUA